GUAAAUAAAGAAAUAAUUUAAUAAAGAAAAUUUGCAAUCUAUAUAUUCACUUUCAAUAUUUUUAUUUUCAUGAAAAAAUCAACUUUCCAAUGGCACCUUUUCCAAGCAAGCGCAAUAUCGCUACGCGAUAUAUUUUCAAUCCGGGAUUCGGCAGCCUUCAUCUUGGGGAUUUUAUCGAGAAAGUAAAAGAUGGCUUAUACGCAGAAGAUAUUUUGUCCGAUUAUGCAAUUGGAAUUUUGAUUUUUGCAAUAAACGCUGAAUUGAUCCCAGAUUGGAUUGCUGCACUUUUUCGAAUUCCUUUUGAUGCGCCUAUGGAGAUAAGGGAUGGCUUGCCCCAUGUUGGACUCCCAUUUUUAGGGCCAGAUGACUUACCAAUGAGGUGGAAAGGGCGGCUUCUCUGCGGUGGCCGAGGCGUUGGUUUGGCAGAGGAGGAGCUUUCGCACAUCAAGAGCUCAGCCUACGAUUUUGAUGGCACCUUUCGCGCCCCAAAUUUUAAUGAUUGGUACAUUUCAAAUAUUUGGGCUGGGAUGGACGAAGGCUCUAUUGGAUCGUAUAAGCGCAAAAACAACUUUUCAACAUUUGAGGAGUGCAUGGAGUUUAUCAACGCUCAGGAAUAUGCGCCCAGCCCAGGCUCCAUCCCACAAAGCAUUCAGCAGACUGAAAACUUUCAAAAAAUGAAUAAUUCAAUGGUGGAAGGGGCGCCGGAAAGCGAUUGUGAAGGGGGUGGGGCUAUAGGGAUGGAAAGUGAAAGCUGCAUUAAAGAGGAGCCAUUCAAAAAAUACCGAUUUCGCAAUAGGGGUUUGAAGAAAAGAGCUUAUAGAGUAAUCGAUUAGGGGUCAUUGCUACUCUUUCAAAAUAUUGAACUUUUUAAUUAUUUCAAUUAAUUUUAAAAAGCUUAGAUAUCA